CCUGCCCCACUCUUCUCUCACGAAACACAGGAAGUACACCUCCUUGGAGUCUCUGUUCCUGAGCAGCAAUUGGUUGACAUGGAGUAGCCGGGUGUGUCUGUAUAGCACACACAGCCAGGAGAGUCUACUGAUUGUCAAUGAGGUGCACCUGGUCCUGAAUGUAUGAAAGCCCAAGUGUUGCCCUCGGGAUGCAGAGGCCUUUGAGUGGGGACUGCUUUUAGCUCAGCCUCUCAGUUUUUUGUUUUUUUAAUGUCUGUUGAUUUCUAUCCUUUGUUUGUCUUUGUUAAUGUAUAUUUCUAAUUAUAUAUAGUGUUUAAAGGUUUUAUCUGUGAUCUACUGAGUCAUUUUUUGGAUAGUUGUUUGCCCCAUAGGAUCACCUUAAGGGGAUGAACAGACGCAGUGGAGGGUCCCUCCUGAUGUGGACCCUGGCUAUCCAGCUGCUCCUGUGUUGGAGCGGGAUUUACACCACCGACAGCACAGACAGCACCAAGAAUUGUAAACUGUACUCGGACUCUGAGUCAGAACGGAAAGUCCUAAAACGGCUAGAGCCGCUCGCCCAGAGGAACUUUACAGUGGACAUUAAGAAUAAUGAUGAGGAUUACACGUAUGUGUUCCAGUUGUGCGGGGAUGCAUUGGGUGUUCCUGGAGCUGGGGUUGUUCAGGUGGACAACAAGAAAAAGGAAAAGAAAACAACUAUUAUUGGAACAUAUAAUGCAACACAGGCUUACGGAGGAAGUGACUGGGUGAUGUUAAUCUACAGAAAUGGCGAAACAUACGACGGGCACUGUUCAAAGGAAAAGAGGAGAGCCAUGGUCAUGAUCUCUUGCAACAAGAACAUGGACGGGAGCAAGCUGAUGUCGGUGCUGGAGGACAGAGAGAGGGAUACGGACUGUUUCUACCUCUUUGAGCUGGACUCCGGUGCAGUGUGCCCAGCUCUGCAGUCCCAGCUCAGCACUGGCUCCAUAAUACUCAUCAUUGGGCUCUGUGUUGUGGCUGUUUACCUUAUUGGAGGUUUCCUCUACCAGCGACUGAUUGUUGGAGCCAAAGGGAUGGAGCAAUUCCCAAAUUAUGCUUUUUGGGUGGAGGUCGGCAAUCUGACAGCGGAUGGCUGUGACUUUGUGUGCCGGUCCAGAAGUCGAGAGGAAGCCCCGGCUUACAGGGGUGUGGCUACAGAACCUUUAGAAGAGGAGCCAGAGGAGAGAGAUGACCACUUACUACCAAUGUGACCUCAAUAAGUCAGGAAUGGGACAGAAAUGUACACUGUGUGACGCAGCUUUCUCUUUCAAAGGUUAGAUGAAGUUAGACACAAGUCUUGUUCUUCUUGUGCCGGUUUAAGGCUAGGACCUGUCGAUACUUGGUGUGUUUUCUAGACGUGUGGCGAGGGCGACUACUGUGUGAUCUGCUUGUCACUUUAGAGGGCAUGUUAUUCCUGAGGCUUACAGAACUAUCUCUUCCUCCUUCUCCUCCUCCUAUCCCAUGCAGUUCAUUCAGCUGUUUGACAUCAAACAAAUGAGUGUAGUGACAGUAAAGAGUGACUUCAAUUCCUUGAAAAUCUAGCAGAUUACAGCAAAGUUAAGAGGUCAGAUUCUUUUGUGAUUAAAAAUAAGUGAUAAAGUGAUAAUGAUUGUUGUUCAAAGUUGGUGCAGAAUGCAGCAACUUAUUACUCCUGGAGUUCUGAUUGUGUGCACUGAGAGAUGCAAGUCAAACAUGUUUUUUGUGUGUAAUUUUGCUUUAAUAUUUCUGUUGUGGAGGCGGGUUAGAGAGUUUGACAAGGUAAAUGUAAAAUUAUAAGUGCUUACAGCCUUGUUAAACAAGUGAGGUUGACUGAAUUUACUUUUUAGUUGGAUGUUUUUCUUUCUCCCACGUUAUAUGGACAUAAAUCUGCUUAUAUCUACUUAUAACGGUUUGAAAUAUGAGCUUCCCGACUGUAAUCUGAGCUUAAAGUUGUGACUUUAUUUCCUUAUUUUAUCACAGAGGUCAACAAUGCAAUGAAACAUGUGAAUUAGGCAAAGCAUCCAACUAAAAUUACCAUUUCAUUCCUGGAAAAAAAAAUUGCUGAUAAAUACGAUUAAUAGGCAAUUUGAUGAGAUCUGUUAUUUAAACUCUGUUCUUAUUUAUGGUAUGAAAAUGUCUUGUAUAUAUGUAGUAUAUGUACGUACAUUUUCAUAGAAUAAAUGAACACAAGUUCAAAAUUGCGACACUAUUACAGGUGAGCUUUAUCAUGACAGAAUGGGAACUUGGAUUAGUCUCCCUACAUGAUAAAACUAAGCCUCACACAUUUCAUAGAGCUACAAACAUCCCGGCUAAGAGUAGACGUUACUCUAUUUGACCAAAUGUUCAGGCUGCUUUAGGCCUGAUGCUUUGCUUCUUUGAGAAGAUAGGGCAGCAACAAAAGCACUUGUUUUUCUAUACACCUGCUGUAUAUUAUGAGUGUAAAUGUUACAGCUUUGAUGAUAUCAUUAACAAGGUUUGUAAUGUUUCUAGAAAUAAAAGUGGUUAAAGCGCAGGAUUAAGGCUGUUUUUCUUACACUGAUUGCUUAAUUAUGUUACAGGUUUAAGUUGUGAAGUAUGAGCUAUAAUAUGAUUGUAACUGUGAGCACUUCAGUUUGUUUUGCUUUGUUGUGUGUGUGUUUAUUAAAGCUGACAUUUUUGCUUUAUUUUGGUUAUUAUCUGUAUGAAAAGGUUUUGUGGAGGUUUCUAUGAAUUGAAUUACCUCUAGACUAAUAAAAAGCCUGUUUAGUUAUGGGACGAUUUCAAGCCACAAACCUAAUUGUUUGUUUUCUGAUUCCAUCAAAAAUAAACUUUUGAGAGAUUUUUA